ACGGAGCACCAUCCCGGAGCAGCUAUCCCGGCCGAGCACCAUCAGGGAGGACCUAAGGACGCUGCCGUAGAAGAUGUGCGAGGAGGAGGACAGCACUGCCCUCGUUUGUGACAAUGGGUCGGGGCUCUGUAAGGCCGGCUUUGCUGGGGAUGAUGCUCCAAGAGCAGUUUUCCCUUCCAUCGUGGGUCGCCCCAGGCACCAGGGUGUGAUGGUCGGCAUGGGUCAAAAAGACAGCUAUGUAGGAGACGAGGCACAAAGCAAGCGGGGAAUCCUGACCUUGAAAUACCCCAUAGAACACGGCAUCAUUACAAACUGGGACGACAUGGAGAAGAUCUGGCAUCACUCUUUCUAUAAUGAGCUCCGUGUUGCGCCUGAAGAACAUCCGACUCUGCUGACAGAAGCACCACUGAAUCCCAAAGCCAAUCGAGAGAAAAUGACCCAAAUCAUGUUUGAGACUUUCAACGUGCCAGCCAUGUACGUGGCUAUUCAAGCUGUCCUGUCCCUCUACGCUUCUGGACGUACCACAGGGAUCGUGCUGGACUCUGGGGAUGGUGUCACCCACAACGUGCCAAUAUACGAGGGCUACGCCUUGCCUCAUGCCAUCAUGCGUCUCGACCUGGCUGGCCGUGACCUGACAGACUACCUCAUGAAGAUCCUCACGGAGCGUGGCUAUUCCUUUGUGACCACUGCGGAGCGGGAAAUUGUCCGUGACAUCAAGGAGAAGCUGUGCUACGUGGCUCUGGACUUUGAAAAUGAGAUGGCCACGGCUGCCUCCUCCUCCUCUCUGGAAAAGAGCUACGAGCUUCCUGACGGUCAGGUGAUUACCAUCGGAAACGAGCGCUUCCGCUGCCCAGAGACCCUCUUCCAGCCGUCUUUCAUUGGCAUGGAGUCUGCUGGCAUCCAUGAAACUACUUACAACAGCAUCAUGAAGUGUGACAUAGACAUCAGGAAGGAUCUUUAUGCCAACAAUGUGCUCUCUGGUGGCACUACCAUGUACCCAGGCAUUGCUGACAGGAUGCAGAAGGAAAUAACUGCUCUUGCUCCCAGCACCAUGAAGAUCAAGAUUAUUGCUCCUCCUGAACGUAAAUACUCCGUCUGGAUUGGAGGCUCUAUUCUCGCCUCCCUGUCCACGUUCCAGCAGAUGUGGAUCAGCAAACAGGAGUACGAUGAAGCAGGCCCCUCCAUUGUUCACCGCAAAUGCUUUUAAAUUGCCUUACAUGUCUCUUUAGUGUAUUACUGUGAAUGUAUUCAGGAAGAUACAUUCUUAUAACUUCAUUCCAUAAAUCCUUCAUCGUCAUGACUCUGUUUAAUUGGAUACUAUGUAUAUUUUUUGGAAUAAAUUUUAAAUACGCUACAAAAUUGCUGCUCAUAUUUUACAAAAGUAACAUGCAUUUGUGGAGACACCAUUACAGCUCGUUUAACGCUCCAUCUGGUGGCAUGAAUUUGUUACUACGUUAUGCUGGGCUCACUAGGAAAGGUGGUAUGUUUUGUUCGGUAACGUGGAAGGCAGAGCGCUCAGCUACUGGUGUCUAGCCAGUGUGUAGCUUCACUAAAUCCUCUUGUCUGAAAACCAACCCAGUCUUGAGUCUUCUAAAGUUCUAGGCAGCAUCAAAGGUGCAGAGCAUCUGACUGAUGUAAUGAUGAGCACAUGCACCUUGCUUUGCACCUGGUCUGUCCAGAAAUAAUUAUCUAUUCACAUCACUACUUAAUUAACAGCUGUAAUGCUGAAAAUUUCCUUUAGUGUAAGCGUGGCCCGGAGGUGUAUGAUACACACCACAGCAAUUCAGUGCUUCCUCGUUAAAGAAACUAAACCUGCUCCUUGGGGGGCAGGACCAAGCUUUGUCAUUAGACUGAACACGGGACUUUGUUAUUAUAUGCCCUCAGGGUGAGUGCAGUCC